UAUAGUUGAUGUAGGUCGUAAAAUUGAAGAAUUGCUAAAGACGAAUGUCCCUAUAGUUAUGAAUGACCGAGAUACGCGAAAACACAAUGAAAAUAAAAAUUUUAACUUUUGUAAACGCAGUUUCGACACAAACGAGAAAGUCCGCGACCAUUGUCACCUUACUGGUAGAUUUAGACAAUCUUUAUGCUCUCGAUGUAAUUUAAAAUUAAAACAACCGAAAUUUGUCCCCUGUUUUUUCCACAAUUUAUCUAAUUAUGACGCCCACUUUAUUGUAACUAAAUUAGGCUAUGACGCUAAUAGUAUAAAAGUUAUUGCUAAUAGCGAAGAAAAAUUUAUUUCAUUUUCAAAAUAUAUCAGUAGGACGUUUACUAUACGAUUCGUAGACACGUGCAGGUUUAUGGCAUCAAAGUUGGAUACUCUAUCCAAAAACCUUUUAACUCGAGAUUUUUCGAAAUUCCGCGAGACAGCAAAAUUUUUUGAUGCCCGGGAUAUGCCACUAGUCACCCGUAAGGGUGUAUAUCCAUACGAGUAUACGGAUGGCUGGGAUAAGUUGGACGAGCCGAGUCUACCACCAAAAGAAGAAUUUUAUAGCACGCUCAAGGAGGAGGGUAUUAAGGAUGUACACUACGAACAUGCUAUGGAGGUAUGGAGGCACUUUGAAUGCAGAACGCUGGGCGAAUACAGCGAUUUGUAUCUCAAAAUUGACGUUUUGUUGCUCGCGGAUGUUUUUGAAAAUUUCCGCGAUCUAUGCAUGAAAACGUACAAUUUAGAUCCGGCAUUUUAUUAUACGGCUCCAGGAUUCAGCUUCGAGUCGAUGUUGAAAUAUACAUCGGUGAAAUUGGAACUGUUGACCGAUUAUGACAUGCUACUAUGUAUAGAAAAAGGUAUACGCGGUGGAUUGGUGCAGGCUAGCAUGCGGUAUGCUAAGGCUAAUAACCAUAAGGUGCCUGAUUAUAACGAAACUAAACCGAAAUCAUGGCUUAUCUAUCAAGACUGUAAUAACCUUUAUGGCUGGGCUAUGGCAGAAUGUAUGCCCUCUGGAGGUUUUAAGUGGGUUGAAGCCAAGCUCGAUGGUCUUAACGACUUGGACGACAACUCGCCGAUCGGACGGAUGUAUGAGGUUGAUGGAACGUAUCCGGCAGAACUGCAUGACCAGCAUAAUGAUCUACCAUUUCUGCCUCAAAACGGAAUACCCGAUGGCUCGAAGGUAAAAAAACUGAUGGUGACCUUCGAGCAAAAAAAAAAUUAUGUCGUACAUUACCGUAAUCUCCAGCAAGCCAUUAAAAACGGGUUGAUAGUUGAAAAAGUGCAUAGGGUCCUACAAUUCAACCAAUCACCUUGGCUUGCCGAAUUUAUAAAUUUAAACAACGAAAUGAGAAAAAAAGCUUUGAACGAUUUUGAGAAAGACUUCUUCAAGCUUAUGAAUAAUAGUAUUUUUGGUAAGACUAUGGAACAAGUUAGACGAAAGAUACUAAUGGAGCUUGUUUCAAACGAAGAUAGAGUGCAGAAACUUAUCAACUUGACCACAUUUAAAUAUGCGACACCAUACAACGAAAACCUGAGUGCUGUAACAAUGGAGAAAAAAAUUAUAAAAUUCGACAAACCUAUUUAUAUUGGCUUAGCAGUGUUGGAUAUAUCAAAGACAAAAAUGUACGACUAUCACUACAACGUGAUGAAGAGGCAUUAUGGUGAUCAAAUCGAGCUGAUGUACACUGACACCGAUUCACUGGUAUAUUAUAUCCACACUGAUGACUUUUACGAAGAUCUUGCAAGGAACGCCAAUCUACUCGACCGUAUGGAUACUUCUAAUUUACCACGAAACCAUCCGUGUUAUAUUGCCGAGAGGAAAAAGAUCCCGGGUCUAUUUUCAGAUGAGACUGACGGCCAUAUUAUGACGGAGUUUUGCGCGCUCCGUGCUAAAUCCUACGCUUAUAAAAUCCAAGGAUUGGAUGAUAUGAAUGUGAAGGAGCAGAUCCGUGCAAAAGGCGUGAGGGGUCAUGUGGUUAAGAACCAUAUGACAUUUGAGGGUCAUCGGGCAUAUUUGUUUGAAGGUAUGGAGCCGGGUGCUAAUAAUAGACAGCUGAAUAUGUGUAUACGUUCAUUCAAACAUCAAUUGACGACUGUCCAGACCGAUAAAAUAAUAUACAACAAUUAUGAUGAUAAGAGGGUGAUACUAGAAGAUAAAAUCCAUACCCUAGCUCACGGUCAUUUUAGAAUAGAGGACGCAGAGUUGGCUGAAACUAUGGUUGAAAACGAAUUUUAGGCCUUGUGUAAAAUUUUUAAAAUACUCUGUACAUAAAUAGUGUAAAAUGAA